GAAGAAAUGAACGAGAGUACGGAACACAUGAAAACCUCUGCAUUUUGUGUUCAUUAUUCAUGAUUCAACGUUGUUACUCGACAAGGACACAACCACAUCAUCGUCCACCCCGCACUCUUCUCGUCUUGUCCUAAGGUGUUUCUAUGCACAAGAAUUUUGGAAAAUCGGCUUGAUGGACGAUGUUGUUUCGAACACUAGGAGAUGGGAGGAUCUGGACACAGAUAUUUUGGUGAAGAUUUUUCAGUUGUUUGACAUUUUCGAGUUAACAUCUGGCGUUGCUCAUGUUUGUAGCGCGUGGCGCGCGGCUUGCUGUGAUCCUCUUCGUUGGAAGACACUUGAUUUGUCAAUGUUACGAUCUAAUUUCAUUAAGAUUCCGUUAGAGCCGUUUGUUUACGUCGAUGAGCGGUCUGAUAAGAUAUUGACACGUUUGUUGAAGGUUUCGUUGAGUCUUAGCAGGCAGAGUAUAGUGACAUUGAUCUUCCAUUUCAACUUGUAUGUAAGUGAUGAUAUGUUGACAUACACCGCUGAAAGGAGCCCACAACUCAAACGACUGGUUCUUCCGGCUUGGAACAGAAUCAAGAGAACAGGAAUGUGCAAGGCCAUCCGUUCCUGGAAAAAGCUGGAGUCUCUGACGAUGCCUAGUAUAGCAAACCCGCCGUAUUUUCUCGAGGAAAUCGCAAAAAACUGCGAGAAUUUCAGUGAACUCAAGAUCAUGGGUCCAUGCGACAUCUUCUUUGCUUCAACUCUCGCUGCAUUUGUUCCAAAAUUGAGAGUCUUGAGCCUUCGUUGUACGACGCUAUACGUGGAUGUUCUCAUUUUCAUCCUAGACAGCUUAAAACAUUUAGAAGUGCUCAAUAUAUCGCACUGCGUUCUAAUGGAAGGCCUUCCUCCUCCUCAAUUUAAAAGAAUUAUCACUGAACUUGAUCCGGCUAUUCGCCAGAAGGCUACUCGGCUGCGUGAAUUCAUCACAUGCAUGGAUAACUCAUGCAUCAUGUGCCAACGUACACGAACUGAUGAAGGGAUCGUUAGGUGGUACAAGUACGAGGAAGGGUUUUGGAAAGAAGACGAGGUGAAAUCUCUUGCACUUUAAGCGGAUGAUAAAAGCGAUCUGGUAUCUGGUAUGAUCUGGUUGUUGAACAUUUUGGGUUUUACAUUUUCUCCUUUAAUUGUAGAUCCAAAUAACAAAUUUUAAUGUUUGCAAAUUGAUGUUGUUGUACCUUUAGAAGGAAAUUGUUGAAUCUUGGAACUGUGCAUACAAAUAAAUUCUAUUUUGUACUCUGAA